AUGUCUGCGACAACGACUCAGACCUCCGUGUCCACCACCCUCUCUGGGGCUCAAGAUUCUUCAUAUGUCCCGAGAGGCCCGGUGCACACAAAGUUGAACUUUUUCAGAGACCCUGAGGAUGGUUCAAAGCCAUACAACUAUGUUGAGAAACAGCCUGAAGGCGAACCACAACGGAACUUCGGAGAGACCGUGAUUGACGUCCAGAUGAAUGACAUCCGCGGCCGAGAAACCGAAUUCUAUCUUGACAAAGACGCUUUUCAAGCUAUCAAAGGCGUCCCAUCAGAAGAGACGGAAUUCGUCGACGAUGAACAUAUCAAGAAAGUCUAUUAUCCCGAGGUAGAAAAACUGCUGCUGGAGAACGUUCCGGGUGCACAUAAAGUCACCAUUUUUGACCACACCAUCCGUCGGUCGAACCCUGAGGCUCCUCGUGCCCCUGUCACCAGAGUGCACGUUGAUCAGACGCCGCGGUCAACCGAGUGGCGCGUGAAGCUACACAAUCCCGAAGAAGCAGAUGAGCUUUUGAAGGGCCGAUACCGAAUCAUCAACGUUUGGCGACCCAUCAACGGCACCGUUCAGGCGCAUCCUCUUGGUUUUGCCUCUGCCGAUACUGUCGAUGACAACGACCUUGUACCUGUUGAGCACAGAUACCCUCAUCGGACGGGUGAGACGGCUGCAGUGAGGUAUAACAAAAACCAGACAUUUUAUUACUGGUCUGGUAUGGACAAUGAUGAGAGGCUGUUCUUGAAGUGCUAUGACAGCAAGGAAGGCGUCGGCCAAAGAGUUCCUCACACGGCUUUCGUGGAUCCUAGGACGCCCGUGGGAGCCAAGGGCCGGGAGAGCAUUGAGGUCCGUGCAUUGGUUUACGGUUAG